AUGUCGUUAUUAACUGGAAAGGUUGCUGUCGUUACUGGCGCAGCUAGUGGUAUUGGAUUGGCCACUGCGAAACUUCUCGCAACUCAAGGUGCAACUGUUUUCGUCACUGAUAUACAGGAAGCCAAAUUAAAGCAAGCCGCAUUAGACAUUGGUAAGAAUGCCAUUCCAGUCAGAGUGGACUCUUCAAAUGUUUCUGACAUCAGAAACUUGUAUGCCGGUAUCAAGAAGUCUCAUGGUAGAGUAGACAUUAUCUUUGCCAAUGCUGGAGUAGCUAUCACUGCACCACUUGGUGAGAUUACCGAGGAUGCUUACGACAAAAUAACAUCCAUCAACUUGAAAGGUGUGAUUUUCACAGUUCAGGAGGCUCUUCCCUUGCUUUCGAAUAAUAGCUCUGUUAUUCUGACAUCGUCCAUUGCAAAUAAGAAGGGAUUGCCAACCCUCAGUUUGUAUGGAGCGACUAAGGCUGCUAUUCGUUCACUUGCCAGGACUUGGACUGCAGAGCUCAAGUCACGUGGAAUCCGUGUUAACGUGGUUAGCCCCGGUUACAUUGAGACUCCUAUGCUGCAUACUGGUGUCGGUAUCGAAGAUAUCAAGCUUUUGGGUGACCAGAUUCCUAUUGGUCGUGUUGGUCGCCCAGAAGAAAUUGCCAGUGUUGUCUCCUUCUUAGCCUCUGAUGCUUCGAGCUACAUUACCGGCGCCGAUAUUCAGGUCAAUGGAGGAGUGGCUGAGAUUUAA